AUGGCGGAAGUCAUCAUCAACCCUCCCGACUCCUCGGCGGAGAGGGUUCGAGACGUUACUCAGUACCUUUACCCGGAUCUUCUCCUGCUGGCCUUCAUCAUCAUCGGCGCCACACACUCUGUCUACACCGCUAUGCGUAAGGAGGAUGUAGUCGUACCUACUAUCCGAGGUCCAGGCGGCAAGCCGCUUCCCGUUACCAAGAGAAGAUUAUCCGACGACGACGCAUCGGAUCCUAACGAUUUUAGCCCAAAUGCCAGGAGGUUUUUCCAGGGUUCUAUGGUUAUAGCAACUCUAACCUUCCUCGCUCAAGGCGCCGCAAUUGCUGCCCGUGCUCUAAUUCAUAGGAGCGCGGACGGCGAACAUGGCUGGUGGUGCGGCGAACCGAAGACCGUAUUCGUCCUCGGAUCAGCAUUUCUUUACGUAUACUUGACUUUGACGAUGUUUGACUGGAAAAGCAGCCCGAGCCUGGUCCAUAUCCUCACUUGGAGCUUUGCUCUUGUUGGGGAAAUCAUCAUUUUCGUUUGCGAUGCGGUGGUGUUAUCCCGCCCCCACAAAGUCAUGGUCAACCUCAAUCGCGAAAAGUACGUGAUUGUAGAUGGCGUCGACAAGUGGGACAUGAUUGACCUCGGCCUAUCCCUCGGAAGAAUCGCCAUCCUGGUUGGCAUGAUCCUAGUUUAUUAUACCAUCGUCUUUCUAAGAAAGCGGGCGCAGCCAGAGAAAUACGAGCAUGGACAGGAAUAUGAUUACGAGGCUGACGAAUCCACACCCCUCCUAAAUGGCGAGGCCAAUGGCUACCGCACCAAUGGGCAUGCUUCCCGCCCGGGCGCAAACGGUGCCGCAAACGGUAACGCUAAUGGCAAUGCCGAUGCGAGCCACCCCAUGGUUGACGAAGACGCCGGAUUCUACCGCCCGGAAAAGCUACCACAUACAACGUGGUUUGAAUACCUCCGGGGUUAUUCCGUCUUUUUCCCUUACAUGUGGCCUAACAAACAGCUGCGACUUCAGAUUAUCGUGGUAGUCUGCUUUGUCCUAUUAGUUCUUCAGCGGAUGGUGAACAUCAUGGUCCCUUACCAGAUCGGUGUUGUCACGAAUCAGCUCUCGGGAGAUGAUCUUAAGGAAGGCGAAACGCGCACUAUGCCAUGGCUCUCGCUCGGCUUACUUAUUGUGUAUAAGUUACUGCAGGGUCCGUCUGGGCUUUUGGGGUCUUUGAGAUCUCUGCUAUGGAUUCCCGUUUCCCAGCACACUUACCGAGCUCUUACCACGUCCGCGUUUGAGCACGUGCAUUCCCUAAGCCUUGACUUCCAUCUGGGCAAGAGGACCGGCGAGGUUUUAUCCGCAUUGAACAAAGGCUCUUCGGUCAACUCCUUCCUCGAGCAGGUUACAUUCCAGGUCUUUCCGAUGCUCAUCGACUUGUUUGUGGCUAUAAGCUACUUUUACGUCAAGUUUGAUGCCGUCUACGCCGUCAUCGUUUGCGCAAUUACAUUCUAUUAUUUGUUUUUGACCAUACGCAUGGCGUCCAAGACCGCCGACCAGAGGCGAGCAAUGUCCAACGCGGAUAGGGAAGAAGAAGCAGUCAAGAACGACUCCAUCAUCUCGUACGAGACGGUUAAGUAUUUCAACGCGGAAGACUUCGAGUUUAAUCGGUACAGAGAGGCCAUCAACAAUUUCCAAGUCGCCGAGGCCAAGGUCACGUGGAGUAUAAGUACCAUGAACAUUUGCCAGUCUUUAGUCUUCAUGAUAGGGAUGUUGGUCACCAUGAUGCUUGGAGCGUACCAGGUCACAAUGGGUAGCCGAAAAGUGGGCGACUUUGUUACAUUGAUGAUUUAUCUGGGCCAGCUCCAGGGUCCGCUCAACUUCUUCGGCACAUUCUACCGUACCGUUCAGCAAGCCAUGAUCUCCGGGGAGCGCCUCCUAGAGCUCUUCAAGCAGCGCCCGACGGUAGUUAAUCGUCCGGGUGCCGUCGACGUCACUUCGUGCGAGGGCCGUGUCGAAUUUUCUAAGGUCAAAUUCGCAUACGAUAAGAGGAAGCCUGCGCUAAGGAACCUCACCUUCACAUGUGAGCCCGGCACGACCACGGCGCUCGUCGGCGAAUCGGGCGGCGGCAAAUCUACCCUUUUCCGACUGAUGUAUCGCUACUUUAACUGCCAGGAGGGUAACAUUAAGAUAGACGGCCGUGAUAUUAAGGAUGUCACUAUCGACUCGGUUCGACGCUACAUAGGAGUAGUACCGCAAGAUACGAUAUUGUUUAACGACACCCUCAUGUACAACUUGAGAUAUGCCAAUCAGCACGCGACCGACGACGAUAUUUUUGCCGCAUGCCAAGCCGCCAGCAUACACGAGAGGAUCAUGUCUUUCCCCGACGGCUAUAACACCAAGGUCGGAGAGCGAGGUCUUCGCUUAAGCGGCGGCGAGAAGCAGCGGGUUGCCAUCGCCCGAACCCUGCUUAAGAAUCCAAAGAUUAUCAUGCUGGACGAGGCUACCUCGGCUCUUGAUAGCCACACAGAGCAGCAGAUUCAGUCCCGACUAGCCACCAUCGGUCGCGGCCGUACAUUGCUCAUCAUUGCGUAA